ACAUUGUUUUAGUAGCACCAUCUAUGAAACUUCCUUGCUAUAAUUGAACAAUAUUUGUUAACAAAUAUAUGCGCAUGCGAUUAAUGUAAAUGUUAAUAAUAAUAAUAUAUGCGCAUGCGAUUAAUGUAAAUGUUAGUAAUAAUAAUAAUAAAAAUGUUAAGCCGAGGUUAUUUCAAGCUCAGACAACAAUGUUAUUAAUAAAAGAUUAUAUCGUCUGUUUUCUCACCACUAUAUUCUACAUUUUGAGUCAAGCACAAACUUUUACCGGAAGUGAGGAAGCAAAAUGUGAAUGUGUGCCUUUCUAUCUUUGUAAGAAUGGCAAUAUUAACACAAACGGCAAAGGACUAAUUGAUAUAAGAAUGAAACAAGAAGAGUCUUGUUACAGUAAUAUUGAGUUUUGCUGUGAAAAAACACAGAUAAUCCAGUCAAGAUUGGUAAAAAAUCUUGAACCACUUAAAAAUGUUGGUUGUGGUUAUCGUAACGUUGAGAUAGAGAAGACUAAAAGUAACCAAUCUCAAUUUGGCGAAUUCCCUUGGAUGGUUGCAGUUUUCCACAAAGGAGAAAACGAGUCAAAGCAUUAUUACAAAUGUGGAGGAUCUUUGAUCCAUCCUCGUGUAGUUCUCACCGCCGCGCAUUGCGUUACUCCAGCUGGAAGUUACAAAAUAAGAGCUGGUGAGUGGGACAGUCAUUCGACUCAAGAACUCUACCAACAUCAAGAUAGGGACGUUAUUCAGAAAGUGGUUCACAGAAGAUAUGAUACACGAAAUCUCCAAUUCGACAUUGCUUUACUUUUCUUGAAUUCGGAGCUAGAUACAGCCUCCCACAUCAAUGUUGUUUGUUUACCACCAUCAGGUGUUGAGAUAUCUUCCGGCACUUGUUUUGUGACCGGUUGGGGUCAGAAGGAAUUCGAUAAAAACGAAACAGAACAUAUUUUGAAAAAAAUUCAAUUAUCACCAAUUCCUAAAGUUGAGUGUCAAAACAGAUUUAGAAAAACAAGGUUAAAGACAAGAUUUCAUCUACAUCCAAGUUUUAUGUGUGCUGGGGGUGAAGAAGGCGAAGAUGCUUGUAGUGGGGACGGUGGAGGUCCCUUAGUUUGCCGAAUAGAAGGUGAAGAUCGAUUUCAACAAGUAGGAAUCGUCUCGUGGGGACUUGGAUGUGCCACCAAGGGUAUACCAGGAGCUUACGCGGAUGUUGCAUUUUUACGAAACUGGAUUGAUAACGAAAUAAACAGGAGAAAUCUCAAUACCAGUGGUUAUAACUUAUAAUUAUGUUAAUAAUUUUGUUUAAUAAACAACUUUUUUACUCAA